CGCCAUUUUGUGAGUCUAUAAAGGAUUGUAGUGAGUGUGGUUAACGCUCCACAAAGCUGACGGUGCCAUGGACGGACGUUUAGAGACGGAUUUGUAUCCUCUGGGAUCCAGUUACAUCACUGACAUUGACGGUGUCCAUGAUAUAACAGUCGGCACAAAGAGGGGAUCUGACGAACUCUUUACCUCCUGUGUCUCUAACGGUCCCUAUAUCAUGAGCUCAGGGGCAGCAAACGGUAACGACAGUAAGAAGUUUAAAGGGGACAUCAGGAGUCCGGGCGUCCCCUCUCGAGUCGUCCACGUCAGAAAGUUACCCAGCGACAUCAACGAGGCCGAGGUGAUCUCAUUAGGACUUCCCUUUGGCAAAGUGACCAACCUGCUGAUGCUCAAAGGCAAAAACCAGGCUUUUCUGGAGAUGAACACGGAGGAGUCUGCUCAGACCAUGGUGAACUAUUACUCCUCCGUCACACCGGUCAUACGAAAUCAUCCCGUCUUCGUGCAGUACUCCAACCACAAGGAGCUGAAAACUGACAACUCACCCAACCAAGUGCGUGCUCAGGCGGCCCUACAGGCAGUGAAUGCUGUUCAGACGGCCAGCGUGCCACUCAGCAGUGUGGAUGCAGGAGGAGCUGGAAGCCAUAGUCCUGUACUGAGGGUGAUUGUGGAGAACCUGUUCUACCCAGUCACUCUGGAUGUCCUGCACCAGAUCUUCUCGAAGUUUGGUACGGUGCUGAAGAUCAUCACGUUUACCAAAAACAACCAGUUCCAGGCUCUGGUUCAGUACUCUGAUGCCAUGACUGCUCAGCAUGCCAAGCUGUCUUUGGAUGGACAGAACAUCUAUAAUGCCUGCUGUACACUGCGCAUCAGCUUCUCCAAACUCACCAGCCUGAACGUCAAGUACAACAACGAUAAGAGCAGAGACUACACUCGGCCCGACCUGCCCACGGGGGACGGCCCGUCUUCGCUCGAUCAGCAGACCAUCGCCACCACCGCCUUCAGCCCUGGUUUAAUCUCUGCAGCUCCUUUUGGGAGCAGUCACGGGUUCCCUCCAGCGUUCACUCUCCAGCAGGCAGCAGGUUUGUCUCUUGCUGGUAUUCCCAGUGCGUUGGCGUCUCUCGGCGUUCCGGCUGCCGGUCGACUCUCCCUGACCGGCCUCAACACCACAACACACACUGUCCUGCUUGUCAGUAACCUUAACCCUGAGAGCGUUACGCCCCAAUGCCUCUUUAUUCUUUUCGGUGUGUAUGGCGACGUGAUGAGGGUGAAGAUUCUCUUCAAUAAGAAAGAGAACGCUCUGGUGCAGAUGGCAGACGGAACACAAGCACAGCUCGCGAUGAGUUAUCUGAAUGGACAGAAGCUGCAUGGGAAGCCUCUGCGUGUGACUCUGUCCAAACACACCACAGUGCAGCUUCCCAGAGAGGGACAUGAGGACCAGGGACUCACUAAAGACUUCUCCACCUCUCCUCUUCACCGCUUCAAAAAGCCUGGCUCCAAGAACUACUCCAACAUCUUCCCUCCAUCCUCUACCCUGCACCUGUCCAACAUUCCACCCUCUGUUAGUGAAGAUGAUCUUAAAGGACUGUUCAGAAGUUCAGGAGCCACAGUGAAAGCCUUCAAGUUUUUCCAGAAAGACCACAAGAUGGCGCUGAUUCAGCUGGGCUCAGUGGAGGAGGCCAUUGAGUCGCUGAUCGAGUUCCACAAUCACAAUCUGGGCGAGAACCAUCACCUCCGUGUGUCCUUCUCCAAAUCCACCAUCUGAGACCCUCACCGGGUUUUACACACACACACACACACACACACACACACACAAAAUGCAUUUUCUUAUUAUCUGCACACAGACCUGAAAAACCCAAUAUUUUAAUUUGGGUUUAAUUUGUAAUCUCACGUUUUCUUAAACUUUCUGGUGCAAAAAAAUAUUUGUUUUGUUUUAUUAUUAUGUAUAUAUAUAUAUACACACAUAUACAUAUACAUAUAUAUUAGUUUUUCUAUUGGGGAUUCUGGGUUUUUUUUUUUUUUUUUUUUUCUUCGCAAUCGUAGAUGCUGCCUGGUUCACACUUGGUGCCUACAAUCACACGAACACACAACACACACACAAUCCCUAAAAUUUUUUAAAUGUCCCACUCAUAAACGUCAUCAUUUCUGCCUUUAAAAACAGUGCCUUAUAUGGUCACUUCCUGUUGGACCGUAAUUCUGUUUUAUAACACACUUGAGCUUUGGGUUUUCGAGUGUAGACUUUUCAGGUUUAUAAAAGAACAGAUUUGGGUUUGAGGGUUAUUUCUUAUUUGACUCCCAGAGCAGAAAUGCAUCCUUAUUUCCAUGUUUCUCAGAUAUUUUACUAUAAACGAUGUGUAGAAUGUAGCGGCUUAUAAUCAUCUGAAUCGGGGUGGAAACUCUGAAGACUUUCAAUCUAGUUGUUUUUGUGAUGAGAAACAUGGCAUUUGAUUAUGAAGCAGGUUAAUUUGAAUAUUCGUAUCAUUCUUCUUGUGGUAUAAAGAAUCUUCUAUAUUCCAAAAAAAAACAAAGCUAGAACUUUGUCUUCUGGGGAACAUCAGAGUGAAGAUUCAUCACUUCAGGGCUUUUGAUAUUGUUGAUAGCGGAACCUUUUUGGUCGUAUGUUAAUUAUGCAGAUUAGUCUCUAGGACACGCCCCUCGUUAGCAUAUAUCUGCAUAUUAGAGCCAUGUUGGGGCUUUUUGAUUAGUUUUUGUGCUCUAACAAUCUUUACAUCACGGAUACAGACGAAGGAGAGGAAUUGGAUUUUUGGGGCAAUUUUUGUAUAAUAGGAGAAAUCUGUAUCUUUAGAAAAAGCAGGUUUAAGUGCCUCAGAGUCUGCCAAGUGAUUUAUUAUUGAUUUAAUGAGUUCAUAUUAGUCUGAUAUCAGAACUUCAGACAGUUCACAGGAUGUUUGUAAAUUAAAGACAUUCAGCUUUAAUUGUGGUUAAUUUGCAUAUUAAUCCCAGGUAGGUUUUUUUACUCAGCUGUCUAGACGUAUCUGGGAUUCACGUCAUCAGUUUAAACUUUCUCUUUUUUCCUCAUUUAAAGCAGUUUAUUUACAUAUUGGGUCUCGUCCCGUGAUUUCUUUUGGUCCUUAAUUUGUUUUGGGUGUUCGUGAUAAUUUUGCAUAUUAAUCCUGGGCAGAUUGUGUGAUGAGGAUGAGGACGGCUCGGUCGCUCGCACCGCCGGGAGGAAUUAUUUUGGUUGAUCUAAAAUAAAAUGUCAGAGUUGGUUGUUACAGUUAGAUGUGCGAGUGGUUCUCCGGAAGUGAUCGGAAUUCUUGUAGAAUUAUUUUUAUCUGUAUAUUCUAGAUUUAGCCCCACCCCCUUUAGUUUAUCUUGCUGAGCUGUGUUUAUUGCUGGAUAACACCCCCCCCACACACACACACACACACACACACACACACACACACUGACAUGGCUGAUGGAAUGAGCAGAUGGAUCACUGUGCCUUCACUUCCUCAGAUUAUUGAUUAACUUCUGCACAAAGCACUAAAUUCAUGUGUGUAAUUUGAGCCCAGACCUGCUGCCUUUACCUUUUCUAUAUCAGUGUCAUGUUCAGUGUGUUUACACUUCCACCAACACACCAAAUCUACUUCCUGUUUAAACCUCUUAAUGUCUUAAUGAUGAAGAUGGGGUUUUUUGGGCACUUUAUGUUUAUAAUCUAGUUAAAGUUGGAUCUGUUUUCAUUCCUGGAUGUAAGUAAAACAUUCACAGCUUUCUUCUUUUUCACAAACACGUUAGUGUGUACGUUUUGUCAGAUCUACAAGUUUAACAUAGUUAAUAAGUAAUGACUGCUCAUAACCACCAGAUUAGUGUGCUGCAACUUAACAUAAAAUUGUUUACAAAAUGUACGUCCACUGUGAGUGAAGAGGCUCCACCCUCACGCUUUAAGCCCCGCCCCUACCCGGGCGUCGUUAGUUCUGUAACGCCGGUGCAGAAAUGACGUGAACAUGUUUUGAUGUAAAAGCAGAGCUGUGUAUGUUUUGUUUUUAGCUCAGAUUUUUGUGGUUUAUUGCUCUCACAUUCCUUUUCCCUCAUUUUUCUCACAUGCCUUUAAUUGUUAAAAAUGAAGACCAAAAUGUUUGUAGUCUUAAGAGAGAGUGGAGUUUAAGGCUGUGUCCCAAAUCACUAGAUAAAUGUGCUCUCACUGGAGAAUGCUAACGGUUCUCACAAUCAUCAAAUGUAUUUCAUUACACACUUAACUGCACCACUGGUGUUGCAUUCUGGGUAAUGGCUGAUGUUCCAGUAAGUACUCAUUAACCCUAGUGUUUGGGCCAGACUUCUUCCCCCACUUUAUUUUUUUGUUUUCUUUCCCCUUCGUUUGGUGGUGAUUGAGAUGAAAAUCAGGUCUUUAUGUAUAUUUUGAUAAAGUCAACAUUGUAGAGCAUUUAUGUUUUGUAUUACACAGAAGAUUAAAGAUCUGUCCAUCACAGUGCGUGUACGUUUAUGGAACCACAGCCAUGCUUUCCUUCUUUUAUCAUUUCUUUGUUCUUUCAAUAAAUCCUUCAGUUCUUUG